CACACAUAAGGUACAAUUUAUAUUGUACAUCUGCCUUGAAAAUUAAUAUUAUUCAUAAUCUGGAUUCUGAGCUUGCACUGGAACAAAAAACCUCAAUCCUUUCUUUUAGCCGAUGUCACGUUCUUGUAACUUCGUCAAAAUAUUCCUUCCCGAUCUUGGUUCAGACUUUCUGCUUGUGAACACAGAUUGUUGUCAGAUUGUGUUUAACAAGUACCUCAAUCGGAAGAUUGAAGAGUAUGGUUUGGAACUGGAGAACGAUGACCCCAAGAUACAUUUGUGUGACCUCAAAGGGGUUGUGUUUGACCUCAAAGAACAUCAAGAACUGUGUCAGAAGAAUGUUGACAUUACUACAUCUAACUGCCGAGACUUGUACGUGUAUGAAAUGAAAACAGGGAACCGAGAUAGACCCAUCCAAGACGUGAAAAUCUACACUCCGUUUGACUUCGACGUCAAAUCGUACAACGAAUUGCACAAAACACUUCUUCAAACUCUCAACAAAAUGUAUGGACCCAAAACGGGCUCAUCCUCUCGAUCUGCAGGCUACAAAAAGUCCACUGCUGGUUUGAGCGCGAGCGGGAAACAUAAAAGAUCGAAUGCGAACAAUUUAACCGUCCAAGACUGACAACAACAAUGUUACAUUUUGAAUGAAAAAACGCAUUGUUUUCAAAUUUCAAAAUAAUUUUUCCAAAAAACUGGAAAUAUGCAAUAAAUCAUCACGAACGCCAAUCCGGUAUAAUCUUCCGUGGACGGUUUUCCGGCAAAUCUAUAGAAUUUUUAUCUCCGCCUUCAACCCCAUUUUUCAAUGUAUCUGUGGCGUGAUUUUAAGUACACGUCCUGUAAGGGGCAGGUUAAAGUUUAGUUUGCAACAUAGUAUUAUUGGCUGUAACAUGGCAUAAUGAUUUAAAAGCCAGUUCAGUUAAUUUAUACUCAUGCCGUUGUAUUUUGAAUUUGAGAUAGUUGGUUUUUUGU